CUUUGCUUCUCUUCUUUGUAGCGCAUUGCGCUCUAGGGUUUGGUGGACGCUCUAGAGGGGGCGAUCGAUCCCUGGCGGCUUGGAUCGAUUCUUUCCGAGCGCCAUGGAUCAGCAGCGGCGGGGCGAGGACAAGAGGGCCAGGGAGAAGCGGGCGCCCUCCAUUGCGGAUUUCCUCAUCCAGUUCCGGUGGAUCGUCGUGAUUCCGGUCAUCCUGCCGCUCUCCUUCCUCUUCUACCAGCUUGUGCGGUGGCUGCCCACGAUCUGGACGCUGCUCCAUGGCCUGCCGUCGGAGGAAUCGCACCGAGCGGCCGUGGAGCGCGUCCGGCGGCGCGUCAAGCAGCGCGACCCCCAGCGCGACGGGCUCGUGUGCACGGCGCGGCGGCCGUGGCUGGGAGUGGCGCUGCGCAACGCCGAGCACAAGCGCGGCGCGCGCUACGAGGUGGAUCUGGGCGAGCUGCGCAACGUGGUGUGGAUCGAUCGCCGCCGCCUGCUCAUCAAGUGCGAGCCCAUGGUGACAAUGUCGCAGCUCAGCGCCGCCACGCUCCCGUUUGGCGUGGCGCCGGAGGUUCUCCCCGAGCUGGACGACCUCACCAUUGGCGGCGUCAUCAACGGGUAUGGGAUCGAGGGCAGCAGCCACAUCUAUGGAUUGUUUGCCGAGACUUGCAGCGCUUUCGAGCUGGUCCUGGCGGACGGGAGGGUGGUCCGCGCCACCGCUGACAACGAGUUCUCGGAUCUCUACAAAGCGGUGCCAUGGUCGCAUGGAUCCAUUGGGCUGCUGGUUGGAGUGGAGAUCCGGCUCAUUCCCGUCAAGGAGUUCAUGAAGGUGACUUACACCCCGGUUGUUGGUAGCCUCGCCAAGAUCGCGGAGGUGUACGAGGAUUUGUUCUGUCCACGGGAUCUCGAUCAAGACAAUCCCGAGAAGGUUCCUGAUUUUGUGGAAGGGAUCGUAUACUCGGGAUCCACAGCAGUGAUUACAACUGGGAGAUAUGCCACCAGGGAAGAAGCGGCGAGGAAGGGGAAUGUGAUCAACGAUUUCGGGUGGUGGUGGAAGCCGUGGUUCCAUAUCCACGCGCAGAGCGCUCUGGAGCGGGGUACGUUUGUGGAGUAUGUGCCUGUGCGCUCGUACUACCACCGGCACACUCGCUCCUUGUAUUGGGAGGGCGGUCUCAUUGUUCCCAUGGGGAAUCACCCGCUCUUCAGGCUCUUACUCGGCUGGCUCAUGCCUCCAAAGGUGAGCCUGCUAAAGCUGACGCAAACGGACGGGAUUCGAAAAUAUUACAUCCAGCGUCAUGCCUGCCAGGACAUGCUAGUACCGAAUCACAAGCUCGCUGCCUGCCUGGAGUUUUGUCACGAGAACUUUGAGACUUAUCCGCUAUGGCUUUGUCCCCACCGGCUGUUUAAGACGGAGAUGGGCACCAUGCUCGACUGCGAGCCUGGAUUCAGCAGCAACAAACAACCAGGGGAUACGGACUACGCGCAGAUGUGGACGGAUGUUGGCAUCUGGGGCGUGCCCGGGCCCGUGCUGAGAUGCGAGGUGUGGGAUGGCGUCCAGGCCACCAAGAACAUGGAGAAGUGGCUACGAGACAACCGGUCGUAUCAGUGCCUCUAUGCGGAGGUUGAGCAGUCGGAGGGGGAGUUUUGGCAGAUGUUUGAUCCGUCGCUGUACAACGCGGUCCGCAACAAAUAUGGAGCGGAGUCGGCUUUCAUGUCGGUUUACUACAAAAUCUCCAACUGCAAGAAGGGAAGUAAGCAUGGCAAGAAGGAUUGAUAUUAUCGAUCCUAUGGUUUUCUUUUCUUUCAUUUUUUUUUCUUGUUGUAUCCUGGCUAACGAGUUUUUGUUGUAUUCUAUUAAAUUGUAAGUAUCGCGGUUGCUAAAAGUAAAUAAAGCUCUCGCUUUAUAUUUGAAA